AUGACUCGCUCCUCUAGAUUCCUCGGCUCAGCCACGGCGUCGCCGCCGCCACCGCCGGAAGAAAUCCUCGCCGCGGAAACCGACAUGGUCGUGAUCCUCUCAGCUCUCCUCUGCGCCCUCAUAUGCGUAGCCGGCCUCGCCGCCGUAGCUCGCUGCGCCUGGCUCCGCCGUCUCACCGGCGUCACCUCCGCCGCCGCCGGCGAAUCUCCGCCGCCGAGCAAAGGUCUCAAGAAAAAGGCCCUCCAGUCUCUUCCCAAGUCAACCUUCUCCGCCGCGGACUCGCCGAGCUCCGCCGCCGGAGACGGAGGCUCAGCCACCGAGUGCGCCAUAUGCUUGACGGAGUUUGCCGACGGAGAAGAGAUAAGGAUACUGCCGCUAUGUAGCCACGCUUUCCACGUGGCGUGCAUAGACAAAUGGUUGAGUUCUCGGUCUUCUUGUCCUUCUUGUCGGCGUGUUUUGGCUCCGGUGAAGUGUGAUCGGUGUGGACACCGUGCUUCCACGUCGGAGGCUGAGGUUAAAGAUGAACGUUCUUCAUCUUCACAGUUCAGUCCUGUCAUUAUUCCUGCUUUUCUUCCUUAGCUUUCUUUAUUUUAAAAUUUAAGCGAAAAAUUAUCGGCAUGAUUAGAGAUAAGUAAAGUAUUCAUUAACUAUGGAUUAGGGAUCUUUUAGUUUACUUUUUGUUUUUUUUUAUCCAUUCCUGUCUGUAACACUGUUCUGAAUCUCAAUCAGAUUGAGUUUCUAACUUCGAGAUGCUAAUUUAUUUCCCAUAUAAAUAACAUUUUACCGCCAAACAAAAAAUUUCCCAUAUAUACUCACAAUAAAAUAUGAUUAACUAGAGCCGGCCCGCCCUACGGGCGGGAUGUAAAAUCUAAAUAA